GGGGGUACAAGUGUGACCGUAAUGAACUGUGUGUUCCUUCGUGGGUUCUAGAGAUUUGGGCGUCUAGCCACAUUGAGUGUGCCCUCUUCGUGUUUGAUAAUAUGUCUCAGAGGUCUAUACUUUAGUCACGGGUGCAUCUUGCGUUACCACUUUGGCAGAGGCUCUUAUUUAUGAAGGAGAAGAGCAAUCCCAGACUUGACUUAUAUGCCCAUACGUGGGUAAGAAGAAGAGAAUUCAUUUGAGUUUCUCUUCUAGUCCUUUUUUGGCCCUUUUACAUAGGAUAAAGAUGGGAUAUUGAUCCAGUCAAUUUGGCGGGAGUUCAAUUUCAGGAUUCACAUUUUCGGUAUUCCGUGCAAUGGUUUGAAUGGGAAACUUUGAAGAAUGUGUUGUGGCUGCUGCAAAAGAUUCAUUUUUCCAUCCGUGUCUCCUGCAUCUUAUUCUUAUGUCUAGCACUCUGUCUGACUAAUAUUAUGUGUCAUUUGUGCAGGUACCUCCAAAGAGUUUCUCUCGAUUCCGUGGACAAAAUCUACAGCUGCUCCUUGAGGUCAUGAUAUAUUGAUAGGAACCAGGUUGAGGACGGUUGAGAGGACACAAACCAAUGGUAGUUUCUGGCACUAAUCCCCACAACAGGGAAAUGGCCAUUAGGAGGAGGAUGGCCAGCAUAUUCAAUAAAAGAGAAGACGAUUUUCCAUCCGUGAAAGAGUACAAUGACUACUUGGAAGAAGUGGAGGAAAUGACAUUCAAUCUGAUUGAAGGAAUGGAUGUGCCGACUAUUGAAGCAAAGAUUGCAAAGUACCAGGAAGAAAAUGCUGAGCAGAUUAUGAUUAAUCGCGCGAAGAAGGCUGAAGAGUUUGCUGCAGCGUUGGCUGCAAGCAAGGGGCUGCCUCCCCAAGGUGAUCCAGACGGGGCUCUUAACUCUCAAGCAGGAUUGAGUGUUGGGACACAGGGACAAUAUGCUCCUGCAAUUGCUGGAGGACAGCCACGGCCAACUGGCAUGGCCCCACAGCCAGUGCCACUUGGGACUGGCCUUGACAUCCAUGGAUACGAUGAUGAAGAAAUGAUGAAGCUCCGAGCCGAAAGAGGAGGAAGAGCGGGAGGGUGGAGCAUAGAGCUAAGCAAGAAAAGGGCUAUUGAAGAAGCAUUUGGAAGCAUUUGGAUAUGAUUCAGUCAGUUCUGGCACUGUUCUUGUUUGUGUUCGGGAGCAUUCUAAGAUGGUUCUUAAGAGAGGAAGCCAGAAUUGCAAUUAUUAUGAUUGAUCUGGCUAAUAAGUGUUUGCAAUUAUCUGCAUGAAGAUCAUGUCUUUUUUAUUCUUGCAUGGAGAGCAUUCCGAGCAGCAGCAGCCUUUCUGCUGGCUCUCUUAAUGCGACAUUGAAGGUGUAAAAUUGUUACCUCCUCUUAUACAAUCAUACUUGGAAUAGUAACAGGAACUGAAUCUCCCUCUCUCUCUCUCUC